CUCUGCAUGUCCAGUAGAAACAAGCACAAAAUAGACCUGUAAGCAAUUAGAAUAUUACAUAGCUGAUGAGUAGUAACAAUUCAAGUCUCCGACCAGGAUGGUUCAAAGGCUCCGGUGCCGGUGGCGGAAAAGGUUUCCAGCCCCCGCCAACGGCCUCAGACCGUGGCGAUAAAGGUCGAUCCAACUCAAACGGUAGUGGCGACAACGAAAUUGGCGGCAGGAGAGAUUCUAACAUUUUUGCUGCACUGUUAGACGACGAAGAUGCAGCCGGAAGCGGCGUCGGUGAUGGCAAUGGUGUGGUUCAUGCAUCCGAAUCGUCUUCGAAACCACCACCGGUUAUUAGCAGUUCGAGAAGCGAAGCAUUUCGGUCGAGUUUCAACCGAUCUUCGUCUUCCGGAUCUCGAAGAUCACUUGCUGAUUUAGCAGCCCGUGUUCCUGAAUUGUCCUCCUCGAGCGGCCACGGUGGCCGGCGCCAUCAUUCAGGUGGACUCGGUGGAAGUGGUAGAUUUUCUCACAUUCAUUCCCACGAUGGUGGUUCAGGAGGCCCAAGUGGCUCGUCCGAAGGCUACAAAGCUGAUCCGAAAGUCAUUCGUUAUACCAGAGAAAAGCUUCUGUCAUUGCGCUUUGCUCCUAGAGGAGAGGACCCGGGUCCUCCCGAGGAGCUCAAGGCGGUGGAAGGAUCCGUCAUUAUUUCGUCAACGGCUCAAGAUCCAGUUUGUUGGGAUACAUUUGAUGCGGAAGAAAUCUGGGAAAUGGCCAGAGAGCAGCGGAGGUCGAGCUCAGCGAUAAGUGGAAAGUCAAUGGGUGGUUUGGAAGACCAACGUAGGCGAACAGCACCUAGUAGCGGGAGAUGGUCCCGUGGUUUGGCCCUACCACCCCCCGAAGAUGGUAGUAAGAGAAAGGGAGACGUCGAUAACCCAAACGAGUUGUGGGAUGAUCCAGUUGGUGGAGUWAUAGGCGCAGCCUCAGAUUUCAGUUCCUUUGGAGCUUUGCCAACAGAGAAUGGCGAAGCAUUUGACUUCGACAAAAUGGCRGAAGCGUCAGCUAAGCUUGAGUUGGAGCUCCAUGGGGACAGAAGUAGUGGCGAUGACGCGGAUCAUAACAGCAACAAAAAAAUCGAUGUCAGUCGUCCACUUGCUAGUGCUGGCACAACUCUUAUAUCAGGUUCUGGAAACGAUGUGAACGUCUUUGAAGAUUUUGACACGCCAGUAACAUCUGACAGUGAGGGUGAAAACAACGCCGUUGUAACAAAUGAAGACAAAGAGACAGUCGCAGUUCGUGGUGGCGACGAAGAUCCAAAUGCAAGUUCCAGACUGAUGAAAAUGAUUGGAGUAUCAAGGGAUCCUACUGUGGACUCAGCUAACCAUGAGGCAAAGCCACUGGAACCGAGCAGUAAUCCGUGGGGAUCGUCAACUAAUCUUGAUCUAGCUUCGAAAACGACAACACCAACUGAUCCAAUCAUUGGUGGCAUCGCUGGCGUACCAUCCAAUGCUGGAGGUACUUCGAUAUCCUUAAAUCCAUGGGGAGAUCCAAUUAUCUCGGCUUCGACACCCUCUCAACAAACCGGUGCUAGUGGAAGUGGUAUGACUCUUGGAGGGAUUCACAUUAGUGCAUUUUCMGCCGAAGAAAAGAACCGUGAAGCACAGAUAGCAGCAGAACGCGAAAAGAUUGCUCGUCACGAGGCCGAGUUACUMGCACGUCGUCGUCACGAGGAAGAAAAGGAGCAGCGUCGUUUAUUGGCUCAGCARCAGCAGCAGCAAAAUCCCCCACGACAAUCCCAAAUUGAGCUUGUUCUCAUGGAAAGAAUAUGUACAAUUUUGGAGAACUCGUGGGGUAGAUCCGACCUGAUGUCUAUCUUGAGAACACUUCACUCGGAAGACGCUCGAGUUAUUCAGUUACUAAGACACAUUGAUGCACUCCGUGCCUUGAUUGCGAGGAGUCCACAACGAGUGUCACUUCGUAGAGAUCCAAGUCUUGCCGGAGAGAUAGCUGUUCUUGUUAUGACCAAUGCGCAAUGGCAAGAGCAACAACAGCAGCAACAGCACAUUCAAGCUCGAAUGCAGCAAGAGGAAUUACGUCGUCGCCACAUGGAAGAGGAGGCAAAAGCAAGACUUCAAGCGCAAAACCAGUUGACUCAGUCAAUCAAAAAGGAUGUUCCUUGGUAUUAUUCGGAUCCGCAGAAUAACAUUCAGGUAAGUUUGCAUCCAAUUUGGUGCACAUUGCUUUGACUCUACGAAUCCACUGAAUUAUAUCUAAUUAUCAUUUAUUUGUUUGAUAGGGUCCGUUUCGCGGCGAAGAAAUGAGACAGUGGCUUGAAGCUGGAUACUUUAAGGGUGACUUGCCUAUCAGCCAACUACCUAAUGGUCCUUUCCAUCAACUUUCAAAUUGGUUUCCGAAUUUGAGUACUGCCUUCACGGCGGAGGGAUCUGAAGGGCGGAGUGAUCGCGAUGAUGGCGCAGUGCUAGAACAACAGAGGAAGAAUGCAGAAGCCGCUGCGGAAGCUGAAAGGCAACGCGCUGCCGAAGAGAUGGAAGCGAAAAAGAAGGCAGAAGAAGAAGCAGCGGCAGCAGCAGCGCAAAAAGAAGCACAAAAGGAAGCAGCUCGUAGCCGCGAAAUCGCACUUCAGAAUGAGGAAGUGCAAGCGCCUGCGAAUGGUGGGAACCAGUCGUCAAACCAGUUGAAAAUGAUGCUUGGCCUUUCUUCAGGAGAAAAAUCAGAUACUCUAAACAAAAUUUCCGAGACCUCGAAUGGUGCAGUAGAUGCCAAGAAAGCAAACAAAACAUCAUCAAAAGGUGCGUUAAAAAAAUCCUCACCCAAAACUGCUAGGCCGUCUGGAGCAGGAUCUCAGCCAGAACCAAGCAAUCAGCCGGUCGACCCUGAUAUCGCACCGGCACCGGCACCCGUCCCUGUGGCUCCAGCUGUUCCAGCAUGGGGAGGGGUCGCGAACAAUAAGCCUAAGAAGAGUAUGUCAGAGAUCCAAAAAGAGGAAGCUCGCGCGGCUGCGAUUUYAGCUGCUAAGCGCGGUAAUAUGGCGCAAACGAACAGUAGCGGAUGGGCAAACGUUGCAGCCGGUUCAACUGGGUGGUCAAGUGGCGCAAUCAGAACGGUUGUUCAGAAUCCUGCACCRGUGACAAGCGUCCGCCCUGGUCAAGCCCCUUCUAAACCUCAGACAAAGAAGGUCGUUUCUAGCACGCAGAAGGCAGCCCCUGCUUCGUCGUCUACUCCCGCAGAGGAAUUUGGCACCACCAUGUCUCCAGCACUGGAAAAAUGGUGCAAGGAGAAAAUGCAACUUAUUAAUGGAAGUGAUGACCUGACUCUUGUAGCAUUUUGUAUGACUCUGAAUGACGCAAGYGAAAUAAGACAAUACCUCACAACUUAUCUCGGAUCGACUUCUCAAGUGAAUAAUUUUGCAACUGACUUUAUCAACAAACGAGGUCUCGGAAGCAAACAGGAAGAAUGGGAAACUCCAGGUAGUGCUAAGAAAGGGCGGAAGAAGAAAAGCGGGCGAUAGAAGAUGACAACGCUACGAAUCAUUUUCAUUACUCCCCCUGAACUUUYGUUUAGAGGGCGUACUAGUACACCACACUAGAAGAWGCUUAAUAAAAGCGCAAUUCUAUU